CCGGCUGAGGCAGUGACAACAAGGCGGCGUGUGGCAGCUGAGCGAGUGACUGCCCGUCCCUCUCCCUCUCUCUCAGUAACCUGCAAGACACCAAGGAGGAGGUCAUCACUUUAUCUCGUCCUGCCCAUGAUGUUGGUGCUGCGUUCCCUGGUGGUGUUGGCGGCGGUGGUGGUGGGGGUCCUGGGGGAGGGUUCGGAGGGUGAGGAGAGGGCGAGGCUGCUGGCUGCUAAACGUGUCCACAACUUGUACCUGGUGGAGGGCCGGGACAUUGUGGUCCAGUACUCGGUCCAUAAUGUUGGCCAGGCAGCAGCGGUGAAUGUCCAGCUCACCGACUCAGGCUUCAGCACGGAGGACUUUGAGAUAGGCGGGGGACAGCUGCAGGUCAAGUUUGACAGGAUCGCCCCCAAUGCCAAUGUGUCGCAUACAGUGGUGGUGCGGCCUAAGAAAUAUGGGUACUUCAACUUCACUGCCGCUGAAGUGUCCUACCAACCCUCUGAGGAGUCUGUUGAGAUCCAGAUUGGCUACACCUCUGAGCCUGGUGAGGGAGGGAUCAUCGCCUUCAGGGACUAUGACAGGAAGUUCUCCCCACAUGUGUUUGACUGGCUGAUCUUCGCGCUGCUGAUGAUCCCGGCUCAGCUCGUGCCCUUCAUGAUGUGGUACAACAUCAAGUCCAAGUAUACCGCUGUGCAGAGGCCCAAGAAGGGGAAGACUGAGUGAGCUGGCCGCCAUGUCUGUGUCCGUGUGUGUGUGUGUGUGUGUGUGAGGGAGGGGAGUGAAUGCAUUGUUAUGUCAAGGGUGCCUCUCGGUGCAGUUAGCUUGACCCUCACAGUUAAAGAAAAGAUGUUUAUAUUUAUUCCUGUAUCCAUUGUUGUUUUUAUUUACUUUAUAUUUUUUAUUUAUUUUUCCUUGGGGUUUUCACUCAUCAAAAGUGAAUUAAUGCAUCAAUUUGAUCUGUAUAAUUUUUUGCUUUCCCUCUUCACAAUCAGACCAUUAUUUCAUGUUCAUUUUUUCUCUUUCCUGAUUCAGUUCUGUUAUCAGUCAAAGAAACAAUGCCUGUUAAGUUUUCCACUUUAUAAAGUCAUUUGGUUAUUAAGGGUUUCAUUUGGUUAUUAAGGGUUGUAUAAUACUUCUUGUCCCUUACAUGUUUCCUAGUACAUGUGUGUGUGUUUGUGUGUGUGCGUGUUUGUGACGGUGCUGUGAGGUGAAAGUGUUGUCAUUUGGGAUAUGUUUUGUAGGAAAAUAAAUAAUUGUACUUA